AUGGCGAGAUAUACAACACUCUACCUCUCUGCCCUCAUCGCCGGCCUCACAGCCGCCCUAUUCGGCUACUCAGUCGGUUUCAUCGGCGGUAUCAUAGUCCUGCCCAGUUUCCUCUCCCACUUCUCUCUCUCCACUCUCCCCCCUUCCGCACUAGCAUCAACACAAGCACAAAUCAUAACUUCCUGGCUCGUGGGCGCAUUAUUCGGCGUCCCGCUCGGAAUGCCUUUCUGCUCGAGAUUUGGACGGAAGGGAUGUUUGUUUCUUGCCGGGGGGUUGUAUGUUUGUGGUGCGGGGAUGCAGUUGCUUGAUUUCGGGAUAGGAGGGUUUAAAGUGGGGAGGGCGUUGAAUGGACUAGGUGUGGGAGUUGGGACACUAGGGGGGCCGAUGUAUAUAUCAGAGAUUUCUCCUCCUUCGGAGAGAGGCAUGCUCAUGUCCAGCUACCAAACCAUCCUGCAGCUCUCCGCCCUCGCCGGGUUCUGGGGGGCCUUUCUUUCCCACUCUUCCUUCCCCUCCUCUUCAUCCCUGCAAUGGCGGCUCCCUACCGCUAUCCAACUCAUCCCUGGUAUUCUGCUCCUACUCGGGGCGUGCUCUAUCCCCGAAACUCCAAGUUUCCUAGCAGGGAAAGGGAGGGAAAGGGAGGCGGAGAGGAGUUUAGUUAGCUUGAGGGGUGUGAGAGGGGAGGAGUGGAUGGUGGAGGGCGAGAUGCAGGAGAUUAGAGAUGCAGCGAGAGUUAGUUCUCUCGUCAGAGAUAAAAACGUACCAUUUUCGAAAGAACUAUUAAAGCCUGGUAUUCGCAAAAGAUUGGUAGUCGGUGUUGGUUUGAUGAUAGCACAGAAUAUGGUUGGGCUGAAUGCUUUGAAUUACUAUGCACCAGUAAUCUUCAUGUCCGCAGGUUUCACCUCCGUCUCCUCGUCCCUCUUCUUAACCGGCGUAUUCGGCGUCGUCAAACUCCUCUCAGCAAUUGCAUUCAUGUUCGUCUUCGUCAAAAUAAGGGGUAAUAGAUUCUGGCUCCCGCUCGGCUCAUCACUCUGUGGGGUCUGUAUGCUCUUUCUAGCAUACUUUGUUCAUAAAAUCCCACCAGCGAACCAGCUCGGGGCAGUCCCACACUGGCUCGGGGAAGCGAAACUCACGCUCGGUGGUGUGGUUUCCGUGUUGACGGUGUAUAUCUUCGCUUUCUCGUUCUCUGUGUCAUUGGGCCCGAUAUCGUGGAAUGUGUGCAGUGAAAUCUUCCCACUCCACAUCAACGCUAAAUGCUGCGUGAUGACAACUUGCACGCAAUGGCUUUUCCAGAUCGUGAUAGCCUACAUAACACCGCAACUCCUCACCACUAUCGGUUGGGGCACCUACCUUAUCUACGUUCUUUUCUGUCUCCUAACAACACUCUUCGUAUUCUUCUCCGUUCCCGAGACACGGAACGUGCCUCUCGGAAGAGAAAUGGAUUCUUUGUUCGACGAUAAAAAAGAUAUCGAUGAAGAAGAGGAGAUGGAAGAGGAGAGUGAAACGACAUUACUAUUGAAGCAUGGACAGAGAGAAAGGAGAGGGAGUUUGGGCGUUUAUACCUGA